AUGCCUCCUCCAAAACCAGCACCACUUCCCAAGGCAGGAGACCCAGAUUCAGCAUCCGAAGAUGACCUUGACCUUGAUGAACUCGACCCGAUAGUGGACUCCUCGAAUGGGCCCAGGGAGAACGCGGGCCCCGAAGCCAGCCGCCGCUUUAGAGACAGUUCCUCCAAUAUCCCGCUUCAGAGAUUACAGGGAUUUAGCAGCAGUCGUUUAUGGCGGUAUAAACGCAGGCCACACGAACCUGACAACGGCGAUGAAGAUACGGAAGGGUUGUUAGGGAGCUGGCCAGGACAAUCUCGGAGCAAUGGGCACUUGAGGCGUUGGUCGGAAGAUCAAGUGGGCUGGAAUGUUAAACAGACAAAUUACCGGAAUGGUAAUCGACCAAGUGAUGCCCAAGGCCGGGAUGCGCCCUCUCGUCGACCCAGUCUCCGUCAGAGCAUUCAGUUUCCAGACUUCGUUAGGCAAGAGUUCGCGGACAUGAGGGAGAAUCAAGCCGUCAAUGACAAGGAAUCUCGCGAGAUUCAUGUUGGACAAUCUCAAAAGAAACGAUUCCCCACGAAUGUGGUCUCUAACGCUAAAUACACCGCUUGGUCUUUCCUCCCGCGAACACUGUACAACGAAUUUUCUUUCUUUCUGAACAUCUACUUUCUUCUGGUUGCAUUGUCACAAAUAAUACCCUACCUGCGGAUUGGUUACAUGUCAACAUACAUUGUCCCUUUGGCGUGUGUUCUUACGAUUACGAUUGGGAAAGAGGCGGUUGAUGAUAUUGCGCGACGACGACGAGACGCUGAAGCAAACUCAGAACCUUUCACGGUCUUGUCUUUUCCGGAUUCAGCUCGGAACAGUGUGGUCGAAGUACGGAAACGUUCGCGAGACAUCAAGGUUGGAGAUGUUUUAAAGCUAGAGAAGAACCAAAGAUUUCCCGCGGACGUCGUAAUACUCCGCAGUCGUCUCAGCGAACUUCUUGGAGAGCUGACAACAAAUGAGGCCGGAGAUGCUUCAACUGCUCCUUCAGCUCAGGCUACCGGAGAAACAUUCAUUCGAACAGACCAACUGGAUGGUGAGACUGACUGGAAAUUACGGCUUCCAAGUCCAUUGAGCCAGAGUCUAAGUUUAGGAGACUUUCGGAGACUUCGAAUUACGGCCGGUGCACCUGACAAAAAGGUCAACGAGUUUGUCGGAACUCUGGAGCUUCUGUCAGGCCAAAGUUCUGCCUAUGAUCCUCAUGUGGUUGAGGAAGAUCCAGCAGAGGAUAUUCCCGACUCGGGCCAUCUAAGUCGGUCUACACCAAGUAGACCCAACUCGGUCCCUCUGACUAUUGACAAUACUGCUUGGGCCAACACUGUAUUAGCUUCGAGCACAACGACUUACUGUGCAGUCAUCUAUACUGGACGACAAACUCGCUCAGCGUUAUCAACUUCCCCGUCGAGGUCGAAAACCGGACUCCUGGAGCUUGAAAUUAAUAACUUGACCAAGAUUCUGUGUAUCAUGACCUUAACACUCUCAAUAAUACUUGUGGCCCUUGAAGGAUUCGAACCGUCAAACAAAAAGCCAUGGUAUGUGGCCAUUAUGAUCUACCUGAUCUUAUUCUCGACCAUCAUUCCUAUCAGCCUGCGUGUCAAUCUCGACCUCGGCAAGACUGUCUACGCUUAUUUCAUUGAGAGAGACAAAGGCAUUCCAGAGACAGUGGUCCGUACCAGCACCAUUCCGGAAGACCUUGGUCGAAUUGAAUAUUUACUCUCAGACAAGACGGGCACUCUGACCCAAAAUGAGAUGCGCCUGCGGAAAAUUCACGUCGGAACAGUUGCUUAUGCCGGCGAGGCAAUGGAAGAAGUCGCCGCCUACAUUGAUCAGGCUUUCGCGGCGGGCGACGGUAAUCGGGACUCACAAACUACAGAACCAGGGUCUACCACGAAGACUCGGCGAGAAAUUGGUGUUCGAGUUCGCGAUCUUGUGCUUGCUCUCGCACUCUGCCAUAAUGUCACGCCUACGACAGAUGAAAUCGACGGCGAGAAAGUGGUAUCCUAUCAAGCAUCGUCUCCCGACGAAAUUGCAAUUGUGGAGUUUACCGAAAGCGUUGGUCUCCGCCUGCUUCAGCGGGAUAGGGAAACCAUUGUCCUUCAGUCUGUCCGUACGAACAAAAUUGUCAUCAGAGCUGAGAUCAAAGAUAUUUUCCCGUUCACAUCGGACAGUAAGCGUAUGGGCAUUAUUGUUCAAAUCUCAUCAGACAUUGCCGGCCUUUCCAAUGCUGAUGAGUUGUGGUUUUUCCAGAAAGGCGCCGAUACUGUGAUGACCUCUAUCGUAGCAGCAAAUGAUUGGCUCGACGAGGAAACGGCUAAUAUGGCUCGCGAAGGUCUUCGCACCCUUGUGGUGGGUCGAAAGAGACUGUCCCACUCACAAUACGCCAACUUCUCCUCCGAAUACACGGAGGCGUCACUUGCCCUCCACGAGCGCGACGCGGGUAUGGCCGCUGUGGUCAAAUCCCACCUCGAGCGCGACUUGGAGCUGCUCGGCGUUACGGGUGUCGAAGACCGACUUCAAAAGGACGUCAAGCCAUCCCUCGAACUCCUUCGCAACGCUGGGGUGAAGAUUUGGAUGCUGACAGGCGACAAGAUCGAAACAGCUCGUUGCGUCGCGGUGUCCGCCCGACUCGUGGCGCGCGGUCAGCACAUCCAGACAAUGGCGAAAUUGAAAACAAAAGCCCAGGGCAAAGACGCCCUGGAUGUGAUGCGCAAUCAGACCGAGUCCUGUUUGCUCAUUGACGGCGAGUCACUUGCGCUUAUGCUCAGCCAGUUCCGGCAAGAGUUUAUCACGGUCGCAGUGCUGCUGCCCGCGGUGAUUGCAUGCCGAUGCUCGCCGACGCAGAAAGCCGAGGUCGCACAAUUGAUCCGCAAACAUACGAAAAAACGCGUGUGUUGUAUUGGCGACGGCGGCAAUGAUGUGAGUAUGAUCCAGGCGGCGGAUGUGGGUAUUGGAAUCGUCGGCAAGGAAGGGCGGCAAGCAUCACUGGCUGCAGAUUUCAGCAUCACUCAAUUCUGCCAUCUGACAAAACUUUUAGUCUGGCACGGCCGGAACAGCUACAAGAGAUCAGCCAAGUUGGCGCAGUUUAUCAUCCACCGUGGUCUGAUCAUCAGUGUAUGCCAGACGAUGUACAACAUUGCUGGGCAUUUCGACCCCAAAGGUCUCUUCAAAGACUGGCUUUUGGUUGGUUAUGCUACCAUCUACACUAUGUUGCCCGUGUUCUCUUUGGUGCUCGACCGUGAUGUGGACGAGCAGCUGGCCAACUUGUACCCCGAGCUGUACAAGGAGCUUAAGUCCGGCAAGAGCUUGAGCUAUCAGACAUUCUUCACAUGGGUCCUGGUGUCAGUAUACCAGGGAGUCAUCAUCCAAGGUUUGACCCAGCUUCUGGUCGGCCGAGUCGACGGCCCACGGAUGUUAAGUGUCAGCUUCACGGUGUUGGUAUUGAAUGAGCUUAUCAUGGUGGCUGUGGCAGUUACCACAUGGCAUCCCAUCAUGAUCGCGUGCAUUCUAGGCACUGCGGCGCUGUAUGCUGCCAGUGUGCCUUUUUUGGGUGGCUAUUUCGAUCUCGCAUAUGUUACUAGCUGGAGUUGGGUUUGGAGAGUCGUUGCGGUUGGAGCCAUUAGUCUUGUUCCCGUUUGGGGAGGCAAGGUGAUCCGGCGCAUGUGGAAGCCGCCCAACUACCGCAAAGUGCAAGGUAUAUAG